AUGGCAUCAAGACCGACCAGCGUAAAGUCAUCAUCGCCGGAGGAUGAGUUUUAUAACAAUUUGACACUGAACUUGAUUCAAUUUUUGAAUAAUAUCCCGAGAAUUACAAGUGUGACAUUGCACAAACAGCAGCCCUGUGAACGUACCGCAGUGGCUACAUUCGAGCAACGGCAUAAUGUCUUCUUGCCCGACGACAUGAAACGUUUCUAUUUAUCCACUGAUGGAUUUACGCUUCAUUGGUGCUACAGCUAUGCUCCGAAUGUGGUACGCCGUGUGGGCUAUAUAAAUUUUCCGCAUUUGAUGCAAAUCACGUUGCUGCGUGAUUAUCUCGAAUUGAUACACAUGAACAGCAGCAGCAGCAGUCCGCAUGCAAAAAAGUCGCCCAGCAGUAAUGACCAUCGGAAUGUUGACAAAACGAGUCAACAGCCAAAUCUCAAUUUGCGCUCGAAAAUAUUUGAAUUGAGCUCGAUACUGGAUGUGGCAAAGGUUUGUCUGGUGUACGAAACAUUGGAAUCAGUCAGCCCGAAAAUUUACUUAUUGGAGACACAAUCGAACAAGUGGCAAUUUUUGGCCGACUCAUUUACCGAAUAUCUUCGCAUGUGCAUCGCUCAUUUGGGCCUACCGUAUUGGGAGCUGUGCUUUGCACACACUUGUCAUUUACCAUCCUGGGCUGAGCAGUUAUUUUUAUUGCUCGCACCACAUCUACUCGAACGUAACAGUAAUGAAGCACAAUCAAAUCGUUUGUUGCCCUGUCCUGAAGAGCCGGUUGUUUACAACGAAUUAGAUUUGUCCAUAUUCCGAACAAAACCCAAAUGUAGCAAACAAACAAAUAAAUUCAAUAAAUAG